UAACGACAUCGGAAACGCUUCUGGCUUGCAGAAAGGCGGAUCCCUUUUUCCUACUUUGGCUUUCAGAACUUCUUUUGAGCCUGUUAUUAUCUGUCAUUCACCGGCAGGUCUCACUUACACGCCGAAUCCAACCACAGUUGUUUUCUUGCUUAUUAAAACGAUAUUCUAUUCAAUCGCUUUUUUUCGGUCGCACUCACUGCUACGACAGGAAGAGUUUUCCAGAUCCAGCUAGCUAACUUUUAACGUACUAGCAAGUUGACAACUGCCCUGCAGCAUAACAUAACAGGGAAGGAGCAACACCAGAGCCAACACAGGAAGAUGGGAGAUAAAGAAUUGACGUGGGCAUUGAAGACCGGAGACCUGGAAGAGGUCAAAGGCAAACUGGUAACGGCUGAAGAUGUUAACCGGACCCUGGAAGGUGGGAGGAAGCCUCUGCACUAUGCUGCAGACUUCGGUCAGACAGAUGUGAUGGAGUUUCUCAUUUCUAAGGGAGCAGAUGUCAAUGCUCCAGACAAACAUGGGCUCACUCCACUGAUUUGUGCCUGUUACGAGAACCACGUCUCCUGUGUCAAGGUCCUGCUAGAAAAGGGAGCUGACAAAGACCGAAAAGGACCGGACGGCAGGAGUCCUUUUGAAGCUGCCGAGAGCGAUGCCAUAAAGGCUCUGCUCAAGUGAGACACCACAGUGUGGGAGGUGGCUGGACAGGUGGGUGGACGGACAGACAGAUGGAUGCAGUGGUCCCCUGACAGAAGAUGGACUCGCCCCUUUUCCUCGAUCAGCCUCUGUCUCAACACUGCUUUUGUCUGUUUGUUGGAGGGUCAUUUUGUCUGUCUGGUGAUUUUCCUUUCCCUUUUUCUCUCCUUUUCCCCAAAUGUUUGGGCUAGGAUUUUCUCUUCUUUUGGCCUCUGUUUGUAGCCAUUUAACAGAAGGACUUGUCCAUUAUGUCUCCCUUAGGGACCAAACACUUGGGGGAGCGCUUCACCCCUGGAUCAUAGAACACUGCUCAGACUAGAAAUCACUCUAUAAUGUAAACGCAAAGCUUAGCACUUAAGUACACAUCUUUCAUUUGCAUCGUUCUCAUAAAACCGUAAGGAAUCAAAUGGUUAUAGAUCAGUAGUGUGUUAACAUUUUGUAUAUUUCAGUAUAAGUAUUGUAGGGGGAGGGCUUAAUCUCAUGAGCAGUAAUUGCACUGUAUACUAGAUAGAGUGGAAAGAAA